AUGGCUUUCCACGACCAUCUCCAACACGAAAUAGCGUUCCAGCGUUUCACGGAGGAGCAAGAGCUGAGCGAGGGUAGAGACAUGCAGCAGAGGCUCCCAUCGACAUGGCUGAACAACUUGAACGCGGCGCAGCAGCGGCAGCAGAAUUUCCUCGACAGCGCCGCCGAGAAAAGCGCGGAUCGGAACCGGAGCGAAAGCAAUUGCGAAUCCGAGGAUUUGAGGGAAUACAAGGCGGACAUUCUAGGGCACCCUCUCUACGAUCAACUGUUAUCGGCGCAUGUGUCAUGUCUCAGGAUUGCCACGCCAGUCGACCAGCUUCCCAGGAUUGACGCCCAGCUUCAGCAGUCGCAGCGCGUGGUGGAAAAGUACUCUGCACUCGCCAAUAACAGCGCAGUCGAUGAGAAGGAGCUUGAUCAAUUCAUGUUCUUGAAUUCUUAUGGAAUAUGUUCUGAGCCACAGUUGAAGCUCUCGUCAAGUUUUCUCAACCUUUACUUCCUCAUUAAUACCCAUUAUGUUCUGUUGCUCUGUGCCUUUAAAGAACAACUGCAACAGCAUGUCCGUGUUCAUGCCAUGGAGGCAGUGAUGGCUUGUUGGGAUCUGGAGCAGUCUCUGCAAAGCUUGACUGAGUUCAGCCAAAUACCCAUAGGUGUGUCUCCUGGAGAAGGAACGGGAGCAACAAUGUCAGACGAUGAAGAUGAUCAGGCAGAGAGCAAUGGUAACUUGUACGAAGGCAGCUUCGACGGCGGCGAAACCCUUGGCUUUGGUCCUCUUGUCCCCACUGAGACUGAAAGAUCCUUGAUGGAGCGAGUCAGGCAUGAAUUGAAGCAUGAACUAAAACAGUUAGAGUAG